AUGAGCGCUACAGUUUACGGCAACCGGAUCUCGCUGAUUUCCAAGAGCGGCAUUCGCUACACGGGCACACUCAACGAUGUAAACGAGCAAGAACAGACAAUUUCCCUGGAACAGGUGCGUUCCAUGGGCACUGAGGGCCGCAAGGGCAACCCGCUGGAGGAGAUUCCGGCGUCGAAUGACAUUUACGAGUACAUUCAGUUCCGCGCGACUGACGUUAUCAGCGUGCAGUUUGAGACCGAGCCAGCAGCUCCGCCUCCCCCGCCACAGGUGCCGAACGACCCGGCGAUUCUAGAUGCCCGGGCCAAGCCGCGGGAGCAGCCCCAGCAGCAGCCGGCGCAGGCGGCCCCUGUUUCCCAGGAGGCACCUGCUGCUGCUGCACCUGCUGCCAAACCCACUCCUGUUGACGCGCCGACAGGCACGCAAGUCGAGUCGGUUACCAGGGAUACCACUGAGGAACAGGAUACCUUCCAGCGCCAGAGCGGCUACCAGCGGCAACAGCAGGGCGGCCGUGGCGGCUACCGUGGACGCGGCGGCUACCAGAACGGCAGCAACUACCGUGGCGGCUACCGCGGCCGUGGGGGAUACCAGAACAGCGGCGGGCGGGGCGGCUACCAGCAGCGCCAGGGUGGGCGCCGGAUCGAGAUCCCCGAGUCAGACUUUGACUUUGAGUCGUCGAACUCGAAGCUGAACAAGGACGACAUUGCCAAGGAGUUUGCCAAGCUCUCGGUGGAUGUCACUGAGGAGGACGAGUCGCCGCUGAGCAACGGCUCCGUGCCCACAGCCAAGAACGUCGACGUGUCGUCAACAGCGUACGUACCCAAGAAGUCGUUCUUUGACGACAUUUCGUGCGAGACCAAGGAGCGGAUCCAGAUGCUCGAGCACGGGCUGAGCCCCGAGGAGCGCCGGAGCCGGCUCAACGCCGAGCGCCAGCAGAACUACGAGACAUUCGGGCAGACGGCAGCCGAGCAGAGCCGGUACCGGUACAACCGGUAUCGUGGCGGGCACCAGGGCAGCCGUGGCGGGUAUCACCACAACUAUAACAACAAUAACAACAGUGGCGGCGGCAGCUGGCGCGGUGGGCGCGGCGGGUACAGCAACCGCGGCAGUGGAUACACCAACCAGGGGCGCGGCGGAUACCGGUACAGCAGCAGCAACCAGGACGGAUCCUCGCGCAACGAGGGGUACAUCGAGUCUGGGGCGCAGGCCUAG